AUGAUCAAUGUGAAAAAUAGAGCUGGAGGAAAUGGUCCUGAAACCAGCGACGCUGAAGGCUCUGAUAAGAUGCUUUGCCGAGAUAUCAAGCCAGACAACAUCCUGCUAGAUGAACACGGACACGUUCAUAUCACAGACUUCAACAUAGCGACGGUAGUGAAAGGCGCGGAAAAGGCUUCCUCCAUGGCUGGUACCAAGCCCUACAUGGCCCCAGAAGUGUUCCAGGUGUACGUGGACGGAGGCCCCGGGUACUCAUACCCGGUCGACUGGUGGUCCCUGGGCGUCACGGCCUACGAGCUCCUGCGGGGCUGGAGGCCGUACGAAAUCCACUCGGCCACGCCCAUCGACGAGACCCUCAACAUGUUCAAGGUGGAGCGUGUCCACUACUCCUCCUCGUGGUGCAAGGGAAUGGUGGCCCUGCUGAAGAAGCUCCUGACCAAGGACCCUGACAGCCGCCUGUCCAGCCUCUGUGGCCUGCAGAGCGUGCCCUACUUGGCUGACGUGAAUUGGGACGCUGUGUUUGCGAAGGAGCUGAUGCCCGGCUUCGUGCCCAAUAAAGGGAGGUUGAAUUGUGAUCCCACAUUUGAACUUGAAGAAAUGAUUCUAGAAUCCAAGCCACUUCACAAAAAGAAGAAGAGGCUGGCCAAGAACAGGUCCAGAGAUGGCACCAAGGACAGCUGCCCUCUGAAUGGACACCUGCAGCAGUGUUUGGAGACGGUCCGGAAGGAAUUCAUCAUAUUCAACAGAGAGAAAAUAAGAAGGAGAGAGGGAAAGGGGAAUCAACCCUCGGACACCGAAGGCCGCGCUGGGGGCCAGGCCCCGGGCAAGCCCCAGGACGGGUCCAACAACACCGUCCUCAGCCACCCCUGCCCUCGCGGCUGCAGCCGCUAA